CCUCCAGAGCGCGUGAGCCACCGCGGCGAGCAAGGCCGGGGAGAUGCCGGACGCCGCCGCCCACCUGCCCUUCUACUACGGCAGCAUCGCGCGCUCGGAGGCCGAGGAGCACCUGAAGCUGGGGGGGAUGGCGGACGGGCUGUUCCUGCUGCGGCAGUGCCUGCGCAGCCUGGGCGGCUACGUGCUGUCCAUGGUGUGCGACCUGCAGUUCUACCACUACCCCAUCGAGCGCCAGCUCAACGGCACCUACGCCAUCCUGGGGGGCAAGGCCCACUGCGGCCCCGAGGAGCUCUGUGAGUUCUACUCCAAGGAUGCUGACGGGCUCUGCUGCCCCCUGCGCAAGCCCUGCAACCGCCCCAGCGGGGUGGAGCCCCAGCCCGGCGUCUUCGACAGCAUGAGGGACAACAUGGUGCGGGAGUACGUGCGGCAGACGUGGAAACUGGAGGGGGAUGCCCUGGAACAGGCCAUCAUCAGCCAGGCUCCCCAGGUGGAGAAGCUGGUGGCCACCACAGCCCACGAGAGGAUGCCCUGGUACCACGGCAAUAUCAGCCGGGAGGAAGCGGAACGGAGGCUCUACGCGGGGGCACAGCCCGAUGGGAAAUUCCUGCUGCGGGAAAAGAAGGAGAACCGUGCCUAUGCCCUGUCCCUCGUCUACGGCAAGACCGUGUACCACUACCGGGUGGAUCACGACAAGUCCGGGAAAUAUUCCAUUCCUGAGGGCACCAAGUUCGACACCCUCUGGCAGUUGGUGGAGUACUUAAAACUCAAACCGGACGGGCUGAUUUUCUACCUGAGGGAAGCCUGCCCCAACCCCAACAUGCCAGCCUCUGCAGCACCAGUUCCACCCACCCACCCCUCCGUGAGCAGAAACCUGGGGCCUCUCAAUGCAGACGGAUACACCCCAGACCCUGUCGGGGCAGGAAAAUCCCGCCUGCUGCCCAUGGACACCAGUGUCUACGAGAGCCCCUACAGCGACCCCGAGGAGCUGAAGGACAAGAAGCUCUUCCUGAAGAGGGACCACCUGAUGAUCGAUGAGGUGGAGCUGGGUGCAGGAAACUUCGGCUGCGUCAAGAAGGGAGUGUACAAAAUGAGGAAGAAGCAGAUCGACGUGGCCAUCAAGGUGCUGAAGAGCAACAACGAGAAGACAGUGAAGGAUGAGAUGAUGAAGGAAGCUCAGAUCAUGCACCAGCUGGACAACCCCUACAUUGUCAGAAUGAUCGGGGUGUGCGAGGCCGAGUCGCUGAUGCUCGUGAUGGAGAUGGCUUCUGGAGGGCCCCUCAACAGGUUCUUGGCUUCCAAGAAGGACGAGAUUACAACGAGCAACAUCGUGGAGCUGAUGCACCAGGUGUCCAUGGGGAUGAAGUACCUGGAGGAGAAGAACUUUGUCCACAGGGACCUAGCAGCCAGGAAUGUCCUGCUGGUGAACCAGCACUAUGCGAAGAUCAGUGACUUUGGGCUCUCCAAGGCUCUGGGAGCUGAUGACAGCUACUACAAGGCCAGGACAGCAGGGAAGUGGCCCCUGAAGUGGUACGCCCCCGAGUGCAUCCUCUUCCACAAGUUCUCCAGCAAGAGUGACGUCUGGAGCUACGGUGUGACCAUGUGGGAGGCCUUCAGCUUUGGGCAGAAACCGUACAAGAAAAUGAAGGGCCCUGAGGUGAUCAGCUUCAUAGAGCAGGGCAAGCGCAUGGACUGUCCCCAGGAGUGCCCAGCAGAGAUGUACGCCCUGAUGCAGCAGUGCUGGACAUACAGAUGGGAAGAACGUCCAGGAUUUGUGGCUGUGGAAAACUCCAUCCGCUCCUACUACUACAGCAUUGCUGCCAAGCCCGAAAAUGGGCCAGACACAGGGGACAGGGCCAAAGCAGCUCUUCCUUGA